GGAUUGGCCCUUUUACAACCAAUUCCAUAUAUAUCCAUCUCUCUCUUAUUCCCUUUUUGCUGUAUAUUAAGAGUUGCCCUUUUAAACCAAAAAAUAUAUAUAUAUACCAUUCAUUCCCUCUUAAUACUUGUAUAGAUCACCUUCUAAAGACCAAUGUGGAGCCCUUGUUCCUUUCUCUCUCAAGUAGUAGAAGAGUUUCUCCUCUUCCUCUCUCUUGUUCUCUUACCUCUUCUCCUCUACACCUAUCUCACCAAAUGGAAGAGAAAGAAGAGCAAGUAUAACCUUCCCCCGGGUCGCGUCGGAUGGCCUUUCGUCGGUGAAACAUUCGCAUACCUCGAGCCUCAUGUCGCCACCUCGAUCGGCCAAUUCAUGGAGCAUCACAUCUCUAGGUACGGGAAGAUCUAUCGGUCGAACUUAUUCGGCAAGCCUACGAUAGUAUCGGCGGAUGCGGGGCUGAACCGGUUCGUGCUGCAGAACGAGGGGAGGUUGUUCGAGUGCAGCUACCCGAGGAGCAUCGGAGCGAUUCUGGGGAAGUGGUCGAUGUUGGUCCUCGUCGGAGAGAUGCAUAGGGAGAUGAGGACGAUCGCCGUGAACUUUAUGAGCAGCAGCAGGCUGCGAGCCCUCCUCCUUCCCGAAGUGGAGCACCACGCGCUCCUCGUGCUCGGCACUUGGAUGGAGGGCUCGCCUUUCUCGGCGCAAGAGGAAGUGAAGAAGUUUACAUUUAACUUGAUGGCGAAGAGCAUAAUGAGCAUGGAUCCUGGGGAGGCCGAGACCGAGAAGCUGCGGCGCGAAUACAUAACCUUCAUGAAGGGGAUAGUAUCUCCUCCUCUCAAUUUCCCUGGAACUCCAUACUCGAAGGCUCUAAAGUCGCGAACAACAAUACUUUCGGCGAUAGAGAGGAAAAUGGAAGAGAGGACAAAGAAAACCACGGGAGAGAAUUUUGAAGGAGUUAAAGACGAUGACGAUCUCCUCGGAUGGGCUUUGAAGCAAUCUAAUUUUUCGAAAGAACAAAUUCUCGAUCUCUUACUCAGCAUGCUCUUCGCCGGCCACGAGACCUCGUCGGUGGCCUUAGCCUUAGCCAUCUUCUUCCUCGAAGGGUGUCCCGAAGCAGUUCGAAAAUUGAGGGAAGAGCACUUCGAAAUCGCGGAGGCGAAGAAGAAGAGAGGAGAGUGUAGAUUGAGCUGGGAGGAUUAUAGGCAGAUGGAGUUCACUCAAUGUGUAAUAAAUGAGACUCUGCGGCUGGGAAACGUGGUUAGAUUCUUGCACCGAAAAGUAAUCAAGCAUGUACGAUACAAAGGGUACGACAUUCCUUGUGGAUGGAAAAUUCUCCCAGUGUUUGAUGCAGUGCACUUGGAUUCAACCAUGCAUGAAGAUCCUCAAAAGUUCAAUCCUUGGAGGUGGCAGAGUAGUAGCUCAAGUGGCGCGGCGACGGCCAAUAGCUUCAUGCCAUAUGGCGGCGGCCCGCGCCUGUGCGCGGGAUCCGAGCUGGCGAAACUAGAGAUUGCAAUUUUCCUGCACCAUCUGGUGCUGAACUUCAGGUGGGAGUUAGCUGAGCCUGAUCAGGCCCUUGCACUCCCCUUUGUUGAUUUCCAGAAGGGCUUGCCCAUCAAAGUUCACAAAGUUACAUGUGACACAUUAAUUGACAAUGUAUCAAAAGGGUUUUAUGAGAGGGGGAAAAAGAGAGAGAAUUUUAGCGCGAUUUGAGAUCACCUACUUGAAUUUUGAAUACAGAUUGAUUAAAACCGACGUCAGAAGAGUAUCUUCGUAACCUCGUGUUGUUCGAAAAGUUCGGAUGACGAUCUUAGCUUGCACUGCAGUUCUGAAAGAUUCAGAUCUCCCGUUUCUCUCGGCUGUUGGGAAUAAUAAUCCAAACUUAAUUAAAAUAUAGUUACAGAUAAGUCUAAAUUAAUCUUUUAUUUGAUUAUGGUUAGGAUUUGUAGUUAUCCAAAAUAAAAGUUAGAUUUAUCAUCUGUUAUGAUUUGAUGGCUAUAUAUAUAUAGUUAGGCAUGAGUUAAUUAGAUGAAUAAGCCAUAGUAGAUAUGACUGCAUGGCUCAGAAUGUAAUUUUGUCUUUUAUUAAUAAAGUAUUAGUUUAGUUA